AUGGGCCUGACGGCCGCAAGCCGCAAUUUCUACGACAUCCUCGGCGUCGCGCAAGGCGCGUCGGCCGAUGCAGUGCGCAAGGCGUACAAGUUAAAAGCACUAGAAACCCACCCCGAUAAACUGCCGCAGGGCGUGAGGGAGGCCGAACGAGAGGCCGCAGAGGCGCGCUUCAGAGAUGUCCGGGCUGCCUUUGAGGUCCUGAGCGACCCCGCAAAACGACGCGCGUACGACAAUGGGCUCGAGUACAUGCGCAAGCACGUCGACCUUUCCGAGAUGCAGACGAAGCUGGCGCGCGACCGCAACGAGUGGGCGCGGCAGGCAGAGCUGCGUCAUCAGGAGCGGAUGCGGGUGCUGCGUGAGGAGAUGCGGGCGAGUCAGAGGCGGUAUCAAGACACCAUGGCGAAGGCCGAGCUGCGAUACCAAGAGAGGAUGCGGAGCAUGGAAGAGGAGCUGCGACAGAAGAGGGAGGCAGAGCGGCAGGCAGAGGGAAACAUUGGCGAGACCUACGACUUGGGAGACGAGAUGCUGAGGGAGCUGCGGAGGAUGAAUCCGGAAUGGGAGAUGAGACGACAAGAGGUCUUGCGCAGACAGGCAGAGAGGCUACGAAAGAAAGAGAGAUUCCCCGUUAAGGUGUAA